CCGCGAGCCUCAGCCCCGCCAUGGCGAGCUAGGCAUGGGCGACCCGGGGCGGGCCGCAGGGGCCGCAGGGGCCGCCGCCAUCCCUACCAGGCCCUACAGGCCGUACAGGCGGAGGCCCUACCUGCGCCUGGGGGUGCACAUGCUCCCCAUGGACCCGGGGUCGCUGCUGCUGUUCCUAGUGUGCUGCCUGCUGCUCGUCCAAGAGUCGCUGCAGGGUCCGCACGAAAAACGGCUGCUGCACUCGCUGCUGGACCAUUACAACGUCCUGGAGCGACCCGUGGCCAACGAGUCGGACCCGCUGCAGCUCAGCUUCGGACUCACGCUCAUGCAGAUCAUCGACGUGGAUGAAAAGAACCAGCUGCUCAUCACCAACAUCUGGCUCAAACUGGAAUGGAAUGACGUCAACUUGAGAUGGAACACAUCAGAGUUCGGCGGGGUCAAAGAUCUAAGGAUACCGCCGCAUCGGAUAUGGAAGCCCGACGUCCUCAUGUACAACAGUGCGGACGAGGGCUUCGACGGCACGUACCCCACCAACGUGGUGGUCAGAAACAACGGCAGCUGUCUGUACGUCCCGCCCGGCAUCUUCAAGAGCACGUGCAAGAUCGACAUCACCUGGUUUCCGUUCGACGACCAAAAGUGUGAGAUGAAAUUUGGCAGCUGGACGUAUGAUGGUUUUCAGUUGGAUCUGCAGCUCCAGGAUGACGCGGGUGGGGAUGUCAGCAGUUUCAUCACGAACGGAGAAUGGGACUUACUGGGUGUGCCGGGCAAGAGGAAUGAGAUAUACUACAAUUGCUGUCCGGAACCGUACAUAGAUAUAACAUUUAUCAUAAUUAUCCGAAGGCGUACACUCUACUACUUUUUCAACCUGAUCGUGCCGUGCGUGCUUAUUGCGAGUAUGGCCGUGUUAGGUUUUACGCUCCCGCCGGACUCGGGCGAGAAGCUCUCACUAGGCGUUACAAUCCUUCUAUCACUGACUGUUUUCCUAAACAUGGUAGCCGAGACGAUGCCAGCAACUUCGGACGCAGUUCCAUUAUUAGGAGUCACCAUUCUGCUCUCACUUACGGUGUUUCAUAACCUUGUCGCCGACGCUCUGCCCCAAGUGUCCGAUGCUAUGCCUGUGCUAGGUACUUACUUCAACUGCAUCAUGUUCAUGGUGGCAUCGUCAGUAGUCUCAACAAUCCUUAUUCUUAACUACCACCAUCGCAGUGCGGAUACACACGAAAUGUCUCCCUGGGUGCGAUGCCUGUUCCUCCAGUGGCUGCCCUGCAUUCUUAGAAUGUCCAGACCGGUGCCCGAGAACGAGGCCGGUGGUUCCCCCGGCUCGAGGAAGUCACCGCAGAGCCUGGAGCUCAAGGAGCGCUCGUCGAAGAGCUUGCUGGCCAACGUGCUGGACAUCGACGACGACUUCCGGCAUCACGGCACACUGCAAGGCCACCCUAUGUCGUCUGGCGUGCCGGGGACGGGGUACCUGCGGCACGCCGAUGACGGAGCCGCCGGGGGCACGCUGCUGCACCACGCCGCGGCGGCCGCGGCAGGGGCAGGCUGUCUAGGCCCGCACCGCGAGCUCACCCUGAUCCUCAAGGAGCUGCACCACAUCACGGACAAGCUGCGCAAGACGGACGAGGCGGAGGAGAUCACCAACGACUGGAAGUUUGCCGCCAUGGUGGUGGACCGCCUGUGCCUCUUCAUCUUCACGCUCUUCACCGUCAUCGCCACCAUCGCCGUGCUCUUCUCCGCGCCGCACAUCAUCGUGACGUGAAGUCGUUGUUGUUGUUGCUGUUGUUGUUGUGCGGGGCACUCGGUGUCCGUCGGCGCCGCGCGUGAGGAGCUGGUCUCCAGAGCCGCGGGGCCCGAGGCCGUGAACGGCAGCCAUGCCUGCCAACCCGUUUCGACCAAAGACUGGGCCAAUCAGAGCAAGGCAAAUGGCGAGUCUGUAACUCAAUUUUAUUCAUUAAGAGGAAAGAGGAAAUGUGUCACAUUACGAGUUUGUUUGUGCAAUUGUCCCUUUUGUUUAUCAAUUGAUUGUUGUUUGACAAAGUGUUUAUUUGGUCUGUGAUUAAUUAGCUGCCAAUCGAGAGUCGAGACGUGGCUACUCAUGACACGAGCGGCAGGUAGUUGGUCACAGGUUGACAAUGAGGUCCUGGGCCGGUGCGCUUAAAUUUAAUUUAAACAAGGCACGCAACGCUUUUUCGCCGCGGCUAUGUGCGCGCUACACUGAUAGAAAAUUUGUCACACUGUUUUUCUUAUUUGUGUGUUAUCUUUUUGCGCUUUUGUUGGAUUAUCUUUCUUAUCCUGCGCUGGAGAACGCAGCGCUUUGCGUAAUCGUGACACGUUUUCUACAGUGUGGUUCAGGUGAGGUGAAAUACUUUCCGUCGAAUUCCAUACUACUAUUCCGAAUGACCAAUAGCACUGGUAGUACUCAUCUAAACUCACAGAAAGAAAACCAAAAAUCCGUCCGUAACUGCUAGUGAUUCCCAGCAUACAGCAUUAAGCACGUUUCUGUAGGGGUGUGUUCGAACGCCAAAGGGUGGCUUCGAGGCUGGGCUGAGUAAGACUGAUCAGAAAUCUUGUGAAUGUAAACAAAUUUCUCAUCCGAGUCAUUUUUAUUUUCACACAUUUUGAAAAGCUCUCUUCAAUGCCGCUGGCCGCCCUUGCCCUGGCUCUUGCUCUUCCCUACUUAAAGUGAUUAACUGCGUAAGCUGAAAAGUGCUGGCAGGGGUUCAGAUUGAUAAAACAACUUCGAGUCGAACCUCAACCAAUCGCCAGGCCGACAUCGCCCCAUCGCGAAAUAGCGGAGCGUGCACUAAAUUGAAUGAAAAAAAAAGAUUUGUAAAUUAUUCAAAUCGUUCUCAAUAUGCAAUGUGAUUCUCUCUGAGUUCGGGUCGGGCGCCUUUCUCAUGGCGGGGUGUCACUUGAGUCAACUCUUGAGGUGAGCGGGGUGGUUAGGUGUGAGGCUGACCAUCGUUCAACCGUUCAACCUUGACGUAGAGUAGGAUCAUUAAACAUAACGACAAACGGGUGAUUCAAGUUUUACAUUUUUUUAAUAAUGGUUUUUUCUUAAAUGUUAUUUGUAUUUUCUUGUUUUUAUACUGCUACUGUACAUACGGCAUUUUCUGGGUUUUCAAAACUACGUUUAGUUCAUGUUGUUUAUAAUGAAUUGUUAUCAAUCGAAUUACUCCCAAUGUAACAGCCGCAUCGAUUCGAUGACUUUUUAAAAAGUACGUUUUUCAUAAAACACUGACGAUUAUAGUGACCUUUGUAUUCGUAUGAAUACAUGUAUUUCAUAGACUUAGAUAGACGUAAACUGUUUGUUGAUGGUUAUGGUUAAAUUGUCUUGUACUUGUAGCUUUAAGAUUCAAUUGGAAUGAUGAUGGUAGUGAGAAACUGCAUUGCUGGAUAUUUUGAGCGGACUUGGGGGAGCGGGCGCGCCACCCGGCGCUUAAGUAUUUUAUUGUUGCCAACUGUUGCUCACAGACGUAAACAUUAUGAUAAAGCUUUAACUGUAUACGACCAAUUCCUGAAUAAAUCACGUGGUUCGCGGUCGGGAGUGUGGAUAACAAGGCAGACGUAGGGAAAGGGAUAGUGGCAGUCUUUACCCAUAACUUGUGAUAAAGUAACUAAAUUCUAAACAAACAAACCUAAACUUUUAACUAAUCUAACUAAUUAAACCAAUUCAUAAUCUAACUCUGAUAACUCAACUGUAAAAAAGGCUGCUUCUGUCCUAAUUCGUGUUUUCAAAUUCCACACGCCACUGCAUUCCAAAUUAUUAAAAAAACAACGACUAAAUACCUUCGUAUAUCCGAAUAAUUUUUAUGUAUAAACUGGAAUUUUCGCGUUUUGUAAAUAAUUUUUGUAGUUUGCCUGAUUUGUAAAGUAAAAAUACUGAUGUAGCCGAACUUCGCGGCUAAAAUGACUGUGCCUUCUGGCUAUAGUUUAGUGCAAAGUCUCACAAAAGCGUUAAACUCGCCAUAUCUUAACUUUUUGUACUUCUGUGCACAAAGUUGCUCACAACUAUGGGCUCCAACCGUGACUCUAUAAUGUUCCCCCCUUAAGAAAUUCCAUGGCCGAAACUGGUUAUUCUCUCCUAAUAUACAUAUUCAUUAAUCAAUUUAAACUGUUGUGAUUUUUUUAUGGUUAGUUCCCGGGGAGCUGGCCUUCCCGUGGAUGGUAGCUGUUGUCUUAAACCGCGUUUGUGAAGCAAUUAAAGUUUAAACUCGCAUAAACGUUGUGCGUCAGAUGAUAGGAGUGCUAAAUGUCCUGGUUCUUAGGGAUUACACUAACGUUUUACGACUCCCCGAAAUUCCCCAAAAUAUAUAUUUUUGUAAUUUACUAACGCCCUUUACAAGGUUCACACUUGCACAAGUGCUUCGCUCUGCCUGCAAUGUGGAUGUGAAAAAAAGUUAUAAAACCGUAAUGAGUUAGAAGUAAUCCCGGUCUAACUAAAAUAUCAGGAUUAAACGAGGAAGGGCGGUGAGGGUUCCCACGGGGCGCCUUGAGGCGAUGCCUUGCGGCGCUGCCUUAAGGCACUGCCUUCAGCUGCCGUUAGCGGCUCUGAGGUGUCCAUAAGCGUGGUGCGCCUGCUCUGUGGUCCGCUAUGUACAUUAAAGCUUGCGCCUAACAUAGCGUUAAAUGGGAGGGGAACUAGGCUCAUGACUCAUCAUGCCACAUCGACCAAUUCUACAGUGCUCCUCGCGCAUCUUUCUCAUACUGCCCGUCCCUUCUAGAAGGGUCCAUUUUCCUUCACAGCAUAGACGCGGUCUUAUCGAGAUCCCCCACCCCCUUUCCGCCCUUGACAGAGGAGCUACAUGUUGCUCAACCUUGCCCUCUUCAUGCUUGUUUCUCUUUAGAAUCCAGUUUCGGUUGGAUGUAGCCAAGGUUCCUGGUGUGGAUUUUCUUAGAAUGCACGUCAGGUGUAUCUCUAACGCCCUUAUACAUUCACUGCCUUUUAACCCUUUUAAAAUGCGACGGUGUGUGUAUAUAUUAUAUAUGAAUCUCCUUUAAUUUUUAUUCAUGGUGGGUCAUGACACUUAACCAGCUCAUCGUUGUGCUGUUACGUAUGGACCGUUAGUGUUCUCGACAACUUAACUCAAACUCAAUUCAAAGUUCGAUUUAUAUAUUUACGUUUUGUACAGUAUGACCUAUUUACCAAAAGUUGUUUUCUGCCGUAGCUCUUGUACAGUUUAUAACUUUAAUCCUGUAAAUUCGUAGAAAGAUAAUGCCUGUUGCCUCGAAGAUUGAAAGUGAAUGUUGGUUUGGUACGUCGUUUGGCCUUUUAAAAAAGUAACCAUUAUUUCAAGUCAGUUAAUUGUCCUUGAUCGCGUAACAAGACUAUGCAUUUAUGAGGGAUCUUAGUUUUUGUUAAAUUUUCUUUUUAACGCAUACAGACUGUACCCUCUGCCAGUCAAAGCCGCCCUACGAUUCCGUUUCGAAACGUCAUUUCCGCACAAAACACAUUCCUCUUAAAAAUUGUUUUUGGCCAAACGGUUUCCGUGCCUUCACUCGUAAUUUCCGUUUUAAUUGAUCUCAGAUUGAGGGGCGCUCAGAAUUUUGUGAGUAGUCUUUUAGAAUAGUUCAUACAAACUGAAAAAAAGAUUGAUACAAAUAUAUUUUAACUCAAAACAAAAUGGGCUGUCCUGUGAGAACAGAUCAGACAAUCGGCUGCGGAAUGCCUUAUGGAUUGCGUAGCAAAUAUUUGACAUUAAUUUAUGAGAGAUUUAAUGUUUUACGAAAUCUAAUGUUAUUGAGUUAAAUAAAUCUGUUCAAAUUAAAUUAUAAUUUUAUAACGGUUGGAAGAGAAAGGAUAAAUUGAAAGAGUUGCUGGUUAGGUACAGGUUUUCUUGAUGUUGAACAGUUUGAGUAACUUUCGAGAGGCAUGUGUGCAGCAAAAAGGGUCCUGUGAGUGCUCUUAAUGCCUCGACGGCGACCUCCUCGUGACGAAUGUUAAGGGGUGUUUCCGGUCAGAAGUAUUUUUAGGCCGAAAAUAUCAACAGUUGGAAAACUAACCCCUUUGCUUUCACAGCAUCAACUUCGCUGCCAAAAGUCUGUUAAUUUCGAUGAAUAUUCCUCACAUUAGGAGGUUUUGCUGCACAUGUAUGUGGAGCCGUGAUACAUGUGAAGUCACUCUUGCUUGGUUGCUAAACGCACACAAUCGAAACAAUUUUAAAUGCGUCUUUCAGCAUGACUUAGAUUCUCCCUGCAAAGCUCGGGUACAUUCCUUGUAACAUGCUUGACGUGAAAUUUGUCGAGACCUUUCGGAGAUGGCGUUGGACAGGCUAGUCCUGACUGUGGGCUGGUCAUUUCUGAAUUCACUGGCGCUCCUUUGCUAGGUUUGUGUUGUCUUGCUAUACAUUCUGAACACCAGGAACGGUAUGAUCAUCUGGACUGCUACAAAACGCCAUUGCAGGAUAGUUGGCAAGUGAAACAUCCUUCCUUCGAAUAGGGGAUUUUAAUGUCUUCCUAAAGUGGUGGAAUUCCUUUCUAAAAUUAUCUUGCAAAUUGCGUUUGUAGUUUACCCUUUUCAAUCCUCUUGAUCCGUUACCCGCGUUUCUGUACGUUGCCUUCGAUUGUUGGUCAUACUCUCAAAAGUGUAUCUGACAUAUCUAUAUUUUCCAAGCUGUUUGAGGAGCUUUCUCUUAUAAUAUCCAAUGACUGGAUGGUAGAGUUCAAAUUUAAAUUAGCAUUUAACAGGAAUUGAAGUCAUUCUUUCGGCUGUUUUGGGAAAUUGUUUAAUUUAUCUUCUGUGUCAUCGCUCCCUCUUGCUUAAAUUCACCACUCAUUUACUAUUACUUCAUUUUAAGGUGGAGAGAAUUGUGAUGCAAUUGACUGAAACGAACUUGAUUUAAGACUUUAAUUGAAUUUGCUUUCCCCACUGUCAACCUAUUUGCUUUGAACCACUCUAAAUUGAAUCCUUCUAAUCACUACUUUGCUCUUCAUUAUCUUUUCAUGUCUUUAAAUGCGCUCUUUAGGAACUAGUGAGAUGUCACUGUCACACUUAGGCCAAUGAUGCGACUGGCCGUUCUAUGGUGCUCCGUGUAGUUAGUAUAACCGUCUACCAGACAACUAUUUUUCUAAGGCAAACUAAUAUAGGGCGUCAAAUAUACCCGCGAGCCAAACGAGGCAGGCGAGCUUCUUCUCCGAACGGGUUUGGGCAGUUUGUAAAAUUCGCCGAAAUUAGUGUUGAUGCAUAGGUUCCCCGACAACGAGUUGGAAAACGCGUUUAUGUUUAGAUGCCACUGAAGACGGCCCUCAGGGCGAGCAUGGUUUUACGGUUGAAAUUAAUCCUCCGGUUCCUUUUUCUACUUAUCAAUGGGACUUCCUCAGCACGCCAUGGAAUCUGAACAGUGAUUUUCUCUCUUAACUUUUCCCUGCACUUACUUUCCAAGCGGUUAGGUCGAACGAGAGCGCGUGCUCUCUUCUUGUCUAGCUAACUUUAACGAGGGUAAGUCACUGUUGUGAAUUACUAUUUUCAUUAGUUACGUUCGUUUUGUUUCCGCCGUAUGAAUUAUUUUUUACCUGCAAUGAAAAUUCCUUUGCGACGAAACGUGGUCUUUGCUUUACGUUUCUUUCCAUUUCUCGUGUUUGCCUUGAAAAAAGUGAUUGUUUGGGACUCAAAGUUAGGUUCUUAGAGUAGGAGAUAAUACUCCAAUUAGCUUAUUGUUUCAAGAGCGGUAACUUGUCGUCUCUUUAACGUGUGUACUUAAAAUUCUUUUUCCUAAGACAUUUACCCCAACCUUCUGAAGACUGAGUCCCUGGCUUACAGCCAAGAACUUUUUCCUAUGAUUUUAGGGGCAAGUGGAGUGCGGUAGUUUGUAGGGUAGCAUAAGCACAGCUCUUACUGCAAUAAAAAAGGUUUUCAGUGUCGAGAUCAAAGAGCUGUGAUUAUGCAUCCUACUUUCGACCACAUAAUAUUAGGAUAUUAACAUGGUACAGGGGUUAAACAGCUUUUGUUCAAAAAGUAAGAGAACUUAAUCCUUAUGCAAUAAAUCGUAAAUACGUCUUAAUAUAACUGGCUAUAAACGGAAGGCUUUUCUAAUUUAAUUCGCUUUUAUCAAUUAAGCAAUACGCGCACCAGUGUGUUCGGGUACUGAAGGUAUCCUGAAAAGCAUGAGAUCUUUGUCAGUACACCUCAGUUUUGUUCUUUGUACACAUAAUGUCUUAUUCUUCGUUUUGAGCAAUGUGAAUAUUUAUUGUUUAGGUAAAUUCAGGUGAUGAAACUUGUUUCUAGUCAUUGCUUCUGACGCAAUGACUGCAGGUCAUUUGCUAUGGGCCAACCCUGUAAAUGUUAAUGAUAUAUUGUAUAAUCUUAGGUUCGCGUAGUUUUUUUCCUAGGUGCAAGGGGAGAUAUCUCUCCUAUCACCAAAGUCACUAUUCAUCUUGGAACCUUUGCAUCAAUCAUCCUUAAAGUAGUUGAUUUCUUGAAGCCAGGUAGUGAAUCAUCCUGGAUUUUAUUAUUGAUACCUCAUCUACUGCCAUUGAAAUGAAGACACAUUUAAUGUAUCUUAUAUAAUAAAGGGAACCUAGUGCCUUGUGCAGAGAAAGUGAAACAAAUGUAAAUAUCGUGUGUAUGAUUGUAGUACUACUCAGUGCGAAACUCAAGAAACGACUGGUAGUUUCUCCAAAUUUGAUUAAACAAAAACAAAAAAAAAAGAAAAUGCACCACUUUUUGAGGAGGUUCAUACAUUUCGGGCAGCAUGUCCGGAAGGAACAUUGCUGACCUUUCCAAUAGUAUUGUACAUCAAGGCACUCGCUCUGUGUAUCUAGAUUUGUUUGGCCUGUGAGGCCGGUGGGGCCUCGCUCGACUCGCCUCCCUGAGUUUGAUCGUUGACGUCUUGACACCGGGUAUUGGACAGUUCUAGUAAACUGAACCCGGGAUGGCAGUGGUCGCGUUUUCACACUGCUUUGCAAUACAGCAUGACUAGAAGCAUUUGAAUUGAGAAACUACUCUUUGAGUUAAUUACCAGCCGUAGAGCCAUUUGUGAGACCAAUGUGUCCAAUCUCUUUCUUUGUGCUGCUCAUUGAUUUCAUUUUUUUCUUUGAAACCCUUUCUUCCCAAGUCGCAGUUUUAGUCUUCCAAACCGCGCUGCGAGCUUUGAUUCGCACAGCUGUCCGUUCUCACCCGUUCGAGAACAGAAGUGGCAGGCGGAGCGGUACUGGGGCGGCAUCGGUCUGGCCACAUUGCUGCCACCUCGGUACCGUUGGCACCGUUUGCUACGAGAGAAUGUCAUCAUUUCCAUUUUGAGGAGGGACGAGUCAAUAUGAGGCGAGAGGCAUCGCGUAGAACACGGCGCUACGGUGCCUUUUUUGAAGGAUGAGGUUAAUUAAUUAGCUCAUCCAAAAUUGUUAAAAUUAUAAUGUACAGAUGACAUGGUGUUAGUAGAUUUUAUGAAUGCUCAUUAAUUUAUGUGUUGUUUUUUUAUUGGAGAGUAUUACGAAUAAAAUAUUGUUACUACUGAAAAUUAUAUAA